CAGUGCCCUUUCACCCGUCUCCAAAGUGGCCGUUCAUAACGCCCUUUUUUUCAGCCGCAACCCACCAAUCAGCCGUUUCCAUUCCAUUUUGAUCCUUCCCAGAUCACCCUUUGACGCUUAGUCACUCAAAAUCACGCUCUCGCUUGCCGCCCACUCCGCAAACCUAUUUAAACCGUUUCUCUUCUCCUUUCCCCCCUCUCUUACAACCUCUGAUUUUCUCUGGCCCGCUACGCGUCACGUCGACCAUCCAUCUAUCUUGCACCCCGCGUUUUAUCAUUUUUCUUCGCUCAUCCAUCUCGAUUUUUAAGCACAUUUUGCCAAGAUGACUGGACGUGGCAAAGGAGGAAAGGGUCUCGGCAAGGGUGGUGCCAAGCGUCACCGUAAGAUUUUGCGUGACAACAUCCAGGGUAUCACCAAGCCCGCCAUCCGCCGUCUCGCCCGCCGUGGUGGUGUCAAGCGUAUCUCCGCCAUGAUCUACGAGGAGACCCGUGGUGUUCUGAAGUCCUUCCUCGAGUCGGUCAUCCGUGAUGCCGUCACCUACACCGAACACGCCAAGCGCAAGACCGUCACCUCGCUGGACGUUGUGUACGCCCUCAAGCGCCAGGGCCGCACCCUCUACGGUUUCGGUGGUUAAAUGCCGUCUGUUUUGCUUCGAUCUCUCUAUCGUUACAUCAUCUCGUCUGUUCAACUUGUUCUCCAUCGCUAGCCCAUCAAUUGGCUUGCCAACACGAUGUAUUCUCUUUUCUGUCGCCAUGCGCCAAUCUUCGGAGUACAACUGGAGGAUGGGUUCAUGAAAUGGAUGGAUGGAUUAAAUGCGACGAUCACGAGAGACGACAAAUUUGUCUUCGGUCUUCUUUUGCUUGGGAUGCUUUUCGCUUCAUGCAAUGGGUUACGGGGUUUCAGGAUCUGGUCGGGCAUUGGUCGUUAAUAUCAUCUGUUUCUAAUCUUCUCCUGUUUUCUUUUUCUACCAG